AUGUCAGAACAUCUCUCCAAGUCGCUUUACAAGCAACACGCUUACGCAUCCAAUAUCCAAGCGCAAACGCAAGACUCGAUCAACCUCGGCAUAGCUCGCUUCCAGGAACAGAUCAAGCAAUGUCUCCAUAAACGGACGCAGGCUAUCGAGCAAGGAGUGCAAAGCCUCGAGCUCGGUGUGCAAAGCUCAGGCGAAAAGCUUGACAGAAUGAACAGUCGUACCAGGGAGGAGAACAAGAUACUUUUACAACGCCUGUCCGUUAUGGAAUCCGCCAUGGAAGAGCGCGAUGCCCGUCGAGCUGCUCGUGAAGCGGCCUGGGAAUUGUCAAAGCAACAGACGCUGGACGUUUUUUGUCGAGAAAUUGUGAAAGUGUCUGCGUGUGAGUGGCGAGUACCGUGUCUAAAAGCACUCUGUUCUGACUACAGUAGGGGUCAAUCGUGAUCCGCCCAACCCUGCUCCGGUACAGUACCACGUCACAUUGCAACCGUCAGCUCCAUGCUUUCCGGUUCGCAGUGGCGACCUGAUGAACGUCUUGGGUGUCGUGUCUGAUGCUGAGGGCAACUAUAUUGACACGAAGGAUGUGAGCUACACAUUUGCCCUCGGCCGCAUGCUCACCUCGAGCAGGCAAUCUCGCGCAGCUGCAAUCCUACGCGACGAGGACUUUCAAAGAUGGCUACAGGGGCCCCAGUCACACGUCGUCGUGCUGAAUGGAAUGGACCGCGCAUCGAUCGAUACAUGCUCAGCAGUCACUUACUCUAUCGCACUCUUACGUCAGACACUGGACCAAAUGGAGGUCGCAGUGCCCACCAGUUUCCUAUGUGGUUUGCAUACCAUGCCACACGAUCCAUUUUACGGCACGAUCGGAAUGCUGCGAAGCCUAUGCUCACAGCUCGUGCUUGCUUUUCCUGAAGGCCUUGUAUUAACUUCUGCGGACGAGCAGCUUCUUUACCAAGUUGCCUCUGGAGACGUCGUGGCUGUUUGCGAGCUCUUCCGAUUACUUCUCAUUUCAAUCGCUCAGAAGUCUCCUGGUUGCGUUAUCUUCUGCAUGAUUGACGAUAUCUACCACCUGGAGCAGAGUGAAGAGAAAAGCUCUUUCGAACAGGCCAUCUAUUGCUUGCAGUCUUUGGUGAAUGAAUUGGUGUCGGGAGGCAACCCUGUUGUCUUGAAGUUGCUGCUCGCAAGUCGGACAAUGAGUAUUCUUGCGAGGCAUUGGGUGGACGAAAGCAGCUGUAUUACAAUACAGGAGCGCCCGUUCGGUCAUGGCCAUGGGUAUGGAGAAACGCAAAUGCAGAUGCAGGCCUUCGAGGCCGCUGCACGUUGA